AUGGGAUCGUCAAGCUCGUCCAUGUCAGACUCGAGGAGUACCGGUGUGGUUUACACGAAAAAAUUGUAUUUCGAUCCUAACGCGGAUUCACCCAAGGGUCGUGAUUAUUGGAUAACUGAUUCUGAAUUACGUGAAACACUGUCGGAGCUGGUUGACGUCACAGAGCGUAUUAUUGAGGUUAGGUAUUACAAGCACCCACUAGGCUCCUGGCAGUUGAUGGAUAAUGUGUUGCAUCACGCUUUUAUUGUAUUCGAAACGAACGCGUGGUGGUGGUCCAUUGAGAAAAACGACGAAGGCGUCACCAUUCAGCGGUCAAAGGACUUUGACAGCGUUUGUCAUAGAUACAGGCGAACCAAACGCAAAACCAGUAUCGGCAAAGGAGUUGAAAUGGUGAAGAAAGCAUCUGGAAGUGCGACAGUGAUGGAGCUCAUCAAUCACAUUUGGAGGAAAAAUUAUCUCAAUCAGGAAUACAAUUUUCUUACAUACAACUGUCAACAUUUUGCUGAUUUGCUUUAUGAGUUCAUUUAAAACUAUUCUAGUCAUUCCAUUCUUCGUCAACCUGUUGUGUUUUUAUUCACCCUUGACUCAAUGUAGCGUUGUAGCCCAAGAAACCAGUGCAAACCCUACUACUAACCCUACUCUACUAUGUGUGCAUAAUCAUGGAUUGAAUUGGUUCGUAUUAUUUCAAAAGAAGAAUAAUACAAUUGGUACAUUAAACUAAA